GAUCGUUUGCGGAAAGGAGGCGUUCUAUCGCAUCUUCAUACUUGUCAUCACAUUUCUUCAAUUCUAUUCCCUGCUAGUCGCUAAACGAAGUGCAGUUAAAUUGUUGUAAUUGGCAGUUAAGUAUGUAAGCGGGAAGUUCGUUUUUAAAAUCGAAGAGGCGCGUGGACGCUCGCGAUUUUCGUGUAAACUUUGGUUCACUUCUUGGUCAAGAUGGCGUCGACAACUAGAGAACAAGCGACAAAUCUCCCAACUGCUAGCUCGGACGGGGCUCAUCCUGCUAAAUCAGUGUUAAAAGAAGCUGUUGAUGCUGUUCUGAAUUCGUUUGCUAAGCAUACACAUGGAUAUGGUCGAGGUAAGCUUAUCGCAUCAAUGAUCAUAAACAUUUAAUAGUAAUCACAUUUCCUUCCGAAACUAGCCUAAUUGUUCGUAUGCGCGUUAUAGUUAUGAUAAUCGUAUGAUAACCUUUUUGUUCACUGAAUUCAUGACUUAUUUAACCCAUUUUUGCAUUUCGUGCAAAUGGAAGCUUAGAAAAACUUCCUGUGGCUGAGCCUUAUUGGCUCAGGUUACUUCGAUCUAAAUCUAAAAAUAUCAUGGGCAGUGUUUACAGUCGUCAUAUUCUAGUUUGGAGCAGAAAUUUUUAUGGUUACACGCAAGAGUGGUUUUUCAUUUUACUUUUGUUUUAUUGUUGUGACCUUACAAUUUUGUUUAUUAAACAAGACAUUUUGAUUUUAGAGGAAAGUAAUCUGCCUUCUAAUGAUCGCACGUAUACUUCGGUUCCUUGACGAACAUCAUUUUUUUGCGGAAAUUUGUUGAAUAUCUUGGUUAAAAUUCGUGAGAAGCAACAUCGCGCUAGUAUAUUGAUCGCGAGUUACAAUAGAAAGCGCCAAUCUUUCGUCGGUUCUUUAAACAUCAAAGGUGCCGCGACCUCUAUCAACGAUUGAGUCUUGGAGGAACGGAGAUUUCUUUAUCUUGUGAAUGGAAUUUAGACCUUCGUGUUUCAUUAUGGAGUCGAAGGGAAACAGCUGUGAUGUUUGUAUUUACUGUCCAUGGCUUGUAGUGAUUAGUUAAGCUUAGCGCAUACAUAUACUCCGGUAACUUUAACGACAAUUCGUGUAUGUUUGUAUGAACUCUCAGUAAAGAUUUGGUGACUUCUAUAGUUUUCUAUUUUUCUUUUUUUUUUCGUAACCAUGAUGCUAGAACGUUUCAUUUCUAUGAUCUUUUUUCAGUUUAUAUUAAAAGAACUCAUCACCUUGUUAGGGUAUAAUGAACAUAUCUAUUAUAUUUCAAGUGUUCAUUUAAUUGCUGAUGAAGUGAGAUGGGUUUUAGGAAGAUUUUAGGUUUUCUUUAUGGAAUAACCAUAAUGUUGUGGCUUAUAUUCGUAUGGGUCACCACAGGGCACUGUAUAUUUUAGUUUUUUUACAUAAUGAUUGAUAGACAGUAAUCAGCUGUCACAUUGCUCAUUUUGCUCUGAAAGACAAUAUUGGAAAAUAUUUACACCUUGGUUUAUGUUUAGGAAGCAAAUAAAGGAAAUUUGCAGUGACAUCAGUUAUUGCUCCAUAUUACAAUGAUUUCUUUCUAUUUUGACUACAUUCAUUUACAAAAGAAGGUAUCCAUUUUGUCCUUGUUUGGUUACAAUUAAUUUUUUUUUAUUUCUACAUGUCAGCUGGACAUUCCAGUUAAACUGCAGACUUUCCUUUUAAGCCUUUGUAAGAGGUUCAAAGAUUAAAAGGAGAGCCACCUUGUGAAGGAUCUCUCAAGGAUUGUAAUCAUGAUAUGUUUCUGAGAAACUGAUGUUUUUUUUCCUUCUAUGGAAGUGAAGACAUGCACUACCAAAUGCAAAAGCUAGCAUAAUAAUUAUUAUUGUUCUUUCCUUUCUGGUCUUUUGGACCCCCAUCCAAAAGGUCAUUGGAUGAUAUAUUUUAAAAUUUUUGUCAGUCCAAUGAGAAAGAGUGCCCUUCCCCAAAUAUUAGCACACACCUCCUUUGAACAAACUUACAAAGGAAUGCCUCUUGCCUCACCUGUCUUAAUCCUCUCUUGUUGAAAUACUACAUGGGGGAGGGGGGGGGAGGUUGUUAAGAUAACCCUGGGAUAAUGCAAUACUUGAAUUCAUUUCUGAAUGUUUACAAAGGAAAUUCCUGUAAAUUCUAAACAGCCUACAAUCUGAAGUUUCGAUGUUGUAAAAUGAAAUUCGUUCAUAUAUGUACGUGUAUAUUUUGAUCGAAGAAGAAUAUAUUUUGCAGUUGAUGUCAUCGAGGCGUUACAAGAGUUUUGGCAAAUGAAGGAAUCUCGUGGCACUCCAAUGAAAGGUGGAUCUGACAACCUUUAUGAACCAGAGGCUUCUGAAAAGCCACCAUAUGUUUGCUUUGUCAGUCUUCCUGGAGGAAGUUGUUUUGGAAGUUUUCAACCCUGCCCAACCAAGGCUGAAGCUAAGAGAAGUGCUGCCAAAAUUGCACUGAUGAAUUCAGUUUUUAAUGAACAUCCCUCUAGGUCAGUAAACUAUCUUUUAGCAAGUAGUCCACUCAGAAUAUCACAAGUAUACAGCUCUAAGCACUUUCUUUUUGUGGUUCUCUUGGAUGGAUGAUGGACCAUAUACCUGAAGUGAUUAGUAUUUAGAGUGGAUUCUAAUUCUAGAAUUGUUUUUUGUUGUUAGAACUGCAUGCAUGAAGUUAGGUGUUAACUAUUAACUGAAGGGUAAUCAUGGAAAUGUUAAUAACACAGGAAUUUAUAAAAUAACUAAAAUAGUACGCGCACUCUGAUUGGCCGAUAGGCGUGUUUGCAUGAGAGCAUGUAGACAUGGUCUUGACAUCAAGAUGUUUUGCUUUUUGCGCACAAUAAUCACGGCAAGCAGGAGUUUAAAAAAAGUUUUUGAGAUGAAAACUCAAUAAGUUUACUUUAUUCACCCAUUCCCUCGUCAGCCGAAACUUGGAAAACUAUCUUUACAAAGGCCAAGCCCAAAGAGCACACGUGUGAACCUGUAAGUCUCCACUUCAGAGGUGCCGUCAGUCUGCCAAUGGAAUCGGGUGCAUCUCGUUCGCUCUCAUGGAUUCGAAUCUGUAGGAAAGCUUUCUGUAUAUCUCCCGCUAAGACUACUGGGUAGGCUCUCUGUUGGACGAGCACGUCCCAUAGUCUGUUCUGAAGUGGGGUCCUGAGUACAAACAGUCGUUCAGGGACGGGGAAUUGGGUGUCGCUCGGGCAGAGGCGUCAUAAACAAUUCUCAUCUUUGUGGUUUCAGCGGACUUGCGAAUUACGCACUUGUGAGGGAUGUAAAACUCCUUUUCUGGCUGGGAAACAGGGGGUGCCUUUUCGAUAACUCCUUCAGUCAGCUGCUCCUGAAUAAUAUCAUUGUAUUUGACAGUAAGAUCUUCACGUUGGAGUUUUCUGGUCAGGUUCUUAAGUCGCUUGAGGCUGCCUUCCUUGUUUGAGGGUAGUGGUGAGUGAUUUGCCUUCCACGGCAAGGUAGUCUCGUACCAGCCCUCUUGCGAACGCGUUAAUUGCUCUUUAAAUUCUUCGUACACCAUUGCCUGGUCAUGAUCGGCCACGUCACGUAAUCCCAAGACGUCUAGUUUGCACAAGUCUUCAUAGUCGCUUUGACUUGUUUGGGUAAACAGCAUGAUGUUUUUGUCGAACUCCUUUCCAGGGGACAUAAGGAACCAUCCGAACCUGGUGAGUUCCGCUACGGGGUCAUUUUCUCGUCCGAUUCUCGGUUUCGUUUCAGUUUUGAUUCUGGCAUACUCUCCGCUCCCAAGCACCACGUGGACCGGAAGAGAUGCUUUCGUGUCAUCAUCGUUGACAUGUACGCCUUUCAAAUGUGAGUACUUUUCAAUUAGCGUGCGAUAAUUAGGGUUGUCAAUAGACAACAGUUCUGUCUUGUUUACUUUGGUCGCUUUGACUGACAGCGAAUAUUGAUGGUCAACAGAUUGUAAUUCAAGAUCGUAGACUUCUAGUCUGGCAACUUUUGAAGACAUUAGCAUAUCGAUUGUUUUUGUCUGGAUAUCAGCAGGCUUCAGGCGAAGUAAUUCGAUCAGUUUCGCUGAUACGUAUGAGCUCCCAGCUCCUGAAUCGAUGAGUGCUCGACAUUUAAUGCCAUUGACUUCUAUCACGAUGACAGGAAACAAACCCUCUCCGACUUGGUUUGUAGUCAAGGCGACCCCUCUCGUAGGUGUUGGCUGAUUAGUUUCUUGCCUGGGUACCUCACAAAUGGACGUGUGGUGACGCUUGCGGCAUUGCUGACAGGCGGAUUUGCUGGGACAAUAGACGGCGCGGUGGUUUCCGGCGGUGCAGUUGAAACACAGACGUUUGUUGAGGAGAAUUUGUCUUCGAUCAGAGACAUCUGUCACUUUUGUACAUUCGACGGCUUUGUGAUCUUCGCCGCAGUACACGCAAGGCCAACAGCGGGGUUUUAAAUCGGAGCCACGACGCGUGUGGUAAAUUCUUGCCUGCUGGCAUGCUGUGUCAAAUUUUUUUUUUCGCUUAAGCUGACAUUUUGAGCUCUUCAGUAGCUGUUUUGGAGAGAUUCCUCUCUAUUUGAGAUGUUAAAUGGAAAAAUGGUCGGGAAGAGCAGGUCUAGUUAAGAUUUUAGCAUAACAAGGGUUUAUUUUUUAUCAAUAGAAAAAUUACAGAUGAAUUUGUAGAGUCGGCUGUGAAAGAAGCAGAGUCAACUGAAGCACAAGUUGCUUUAAAAAGAAGGACACUUAACCUGUCGACAGACAGCUCUAAAGAUCCCAGUACAGGCAUUGGAGCAUUUAGAUUUAUGUUGGAGUCAAAUAAGGGAAAAAGCAUGUUAGAAUUCCAAGAUCUCAUGACCAUAUUCCAGCUACUACACUGGAAUGGCAGUUUAAAAGCAAUGAGGGAUAGAAAUUGUUCUCGUCAGGAGGUGUUGGAACAUUAUUCUGAUAGAACUAUUGAUGAUGAAAUGAGAAGUCAGAUGGCAUUGGAUUGGAUAUCACGUGAACAAGAGCAACAGGGUUUAAUAAAGAGGGAACUGGAUAAGGCUUCUAAAGAGUUGGAACAGUGUCGACUAAGUGGACGAGAGCUCAGGUUUCCUAAAGAGAAACGAGACAUUUUAAUGUUGGCUUGGAGCCAAAUUGGAAAGGUUUAAAAGCUGCUGGAUUCAUACCAGAGAUUAAUAUUUCAUGUCUAGACUAAUAAUCUUUCAUCCUCUGAAAUAUUUUAUUUUUAACAUGCUGGUAACUGGUACCUUACUGUAUAUCGUAUUGGUCAUCAACCAUAAAGCUGUCAUUCAAACAAAACAAGGAUCAUGUGCUUAACACAUGAAUUCAGCAUGAUCCAUUUACCCAGUUGCAAAAUGGACAGUUUUAACUGACAAAAUUAUAUCAUGGUUCAUACUUUGAAGUGAAGUGCAACAUGUACAACUCUUCCUGUUCUGCCAGCUGUUUAGUAGAUAAUAUACCUGCUCUUAGUUUUGCUUCGAACACACUGGGCCUGGAGGUCAUUUUUAGAACACUCUGAUCUGUUAAAGUGCCCAUCACCUAAAAUUUAUUAUUUUCUUAUCUGAAACUACACCUUAUUAAAAUAACUUCGGCGAAAAAAUUUUGCGAUUUGAACUAAAGACGAUUUUUUAAAAACGAUUUUUUAAAAACGUUCAAAUUUGCCGCCAUUUUUGCGCACCAUUCGUCUUAGUCUUCUCUCGGAGUAUGGCGUUAUAUGACGUACUUUAAGGAAAACGUGACCUUAUCGACAGGAAAACAUUAAGAGUUCUGAUAGGUUUUUCUUUUUCAGAAAAACCUUCUUCUUGCGAAGACAUUGUGAUUCAGUCCUUACUUGUAAUUUAUCUUUUUUGUGUACCGCUGGGUAAUGCGAGUUCCUUAAUUUACGUCACAUGACGUCAUAUGUGAGCCUGCUAGUUUGCAUGACCAGCAGCGCGGG